AUGAGAUUGACAGCUCGUUACCUAAACACUGCAGAGAUGGGCGGUCCAGGGAGGAACGAUAAUAUGGAAGGUCCUAGUACUCCGAUCAUUCAAGUUACAACUCCGGAUUUUGUUCCAGAAGAGCCAGCCAAAUUAUCAUUGAAAACCAUCAACUCGACAAGCGUGUAUGUUCAAUGGAAACAUCCAGCCAAUCACCUUCAAGGGGUCAUUAAGGGUUAUAAGAUCACAGCAACCCCACUAAAUUCAUCCCUACCCACAAUUACGAAAGAAACAUCUGACGUAACGGAAGCAAUUGUAACUGGAUUGAAACACGAAACUACUUAUCAAUUUCAUGUUGUGGCUUUCACUAAGAAAGGUGAUGGAACUGUCGGGAAGAUGAAGAAAGUUAAAACUAAAGGAGAGGUACCAGCACCUCCACAAAACAUGAAAGUAUCGAUAAAGGAGGACUACACGGCUCUCGUUACAUGGAGCAAACCGCCGAUCAGCUUGGAUGGCUACAAAAUCGCGUACUCCGUGGCGGGAGAUAGUGAUGUUGAGGAGAGGAGAGUUGACGGUGAUAAGACCAUGUUCAUCACGGCCUCCCUACAGAAAGGAUCAGAUUAUGAAUUCAGAGUAUCGGCCAGGAAUAAAGUUGAUUACGGAGAGCCAUCUAUCGUCAGCGUUAAAACCCCUGAUGCAAAGCCAAUAGGGUCACCGCUCAACUUUACGGCCGUCUGGGUCGGCGGGUCAUCCUUGAAGUUGUCAUGGCAACCACCUCAUAAACAGGACAGGAACGGAAAAAUAGUGAUGUACCAGGUGCAGUAUCAGAAGAGAACCAACAUGAGAGACGAUUUCUUCCUGAACACCACACAUCAGUCUAUGCAAAUAAAUGGCCUCGACCCGAACAGCGACUACUUUUUCCAGAUAAGGGCCUACUCGAGCAAGGGUCCCGGGCCGUGGAGCAUCAAGUUGCCAUUCAGGACCUUGACUGGAUCCUACCUACCUCCACCAUCCAACCUGCAAGUCCAACAACUAUCGCCAUCAUCGAUGGACAUUUCGUGGGACCCUCUAGAUUUAGGCGGGAAUAAUAACUUUGGCGGGAAUAAUAAUUAUGGCGGGCAUAAUAAUCUUGGUGGUUAUUUGAGGUAUCAGUUGUUCUACAGCAUGUUCGCGCUGGAUGAUGUUGACGAGUGGACCAAAACUGAGACUGACUCGACACGAGCGAUAAUAGAGGGCUUGGAACCAAAUAAUGGUUAUGCAUUCAGAGUUCGCGCCAUCACUAACGACGGCCUGAUUGGCAAUCUAUCUGAAGUCGUAUAUUCAAAUAAGUUGGAACAGGAUCAUCCUGACGCCGUGCAAGAAUUUAAAGUGAAAUCCCAAACAAGUAGGUCUCUAACCUUGGAGUGGAAACCCCCGAGAAAGCCAGGGGUCUACAAAUAUAACAUCUUGUUCGAAGGCCGCAAAACUUUCAAAAACUCGCUGGACCAACUCGAAACUUUCAUCGACCCACAAAGGGACGCAAAAGUAUCGAAAGAGGACCGACAACUACUUCUGGAUUCCCUGGUACCGAAUACUCUCUACUUUGUUAACAUCUCUACUAAAUUUAUUGACGGUAAGACAGGCCCAUCACUGCAACUGAGAGCCGAAACCUACGUGGACGCUCCUCCCCCCUUUGAAAGGCCCCACCUCAUACAUAUCCUGUCCGACUCUGUUGUCACGGUGAGGUUAUACGGAGCCUCAGAGAAGCACGGACCAAUCACGCACUAUCACGUCAUUGUUGUCCUGGAUACUGGGGAACAAAGAACCCCUGAUGACUAUACUCCCGAAGAGUUGAGAAAUAAAGGAUCACCAUCCUCAUCAUCGAGCAAGUCCGCCUGGAUUGCCGCAGUAUUUGAAAAGAGUGUUCCGGCAGAAAUGAAAUUAGGAGAUGGACAGAAAGUAGGGAUGGGCGGUUUUAUAAAUCGGCCACUGAAAGCUGAAGAAUUGUACAGAGUGUUUGUCAGGGCUUUCGUCUCUAACAACAAGUACAGAUCGUCACCAUUCUCCCACCUCAUCUCAACUAACCACCAAACUAUGAUGGGCAUUGCAAUGAUGCCAGAAAACAUCAACAACAACAUCAUCAACAACAACAACAACAACAACAAAUACUCAAUUGAUUUGUUGUACAUAGUUGCUCCAAUAUGUGGGGCUGUUGUUCUCAUACUGCUCUGUAUACUCUUGACACUCUUCAUUAGGCGAAGAACUUCCGCCAACAACAACAACAACAAAACAUCAACAACUCAGCAACACAUUUCAGACGCUAACAAAUCACUACUACGCAACAACAACAAAGCUGUGACGUCACCAUCAUCACUGACGUCAUCUUCGUCGUCGUCAUCACCACGAGAUCCGGUCGAGUUGAGGAGGAUGCACUUCCUGACACCAGCUAUGUCCAGUCACCCACCAAUCGCGAUCAGUGAAUUUGCUAGUCACGUGAACAGGAUGAAGUUAAACGGUGGUCAUCUUUUCUCAUUGGAGUAUGAGAGCAUUGACCCCGCCCAGCAAUUUACCUGGGAGUCAUCUUCAAUGGAGUGCAACAAACACAAAAAUAGAUAUGCUAAUGUUGUGGCCUACGAUGUCUCUAGAGUUAUUUUGAAACCGAUAGAUGGAGUGGCCGACAGCGACUACAUCAACGCCAACUACAUGGACGGCUACAAAAAACAUAACGCCUACAUUGCUACACAGGGCCCACUUCCGGAAACAUUUGACGAUUUUUGGCGAAUGGUCUGGCAGGAAGGAAGUGACGUCAUUGUUAUGGUCACCAAGCUUGAGGAAAGAAAUAGGAUCAAAUGCAACCAGUACUGGCCAAUGAGAGGUUCUGAAAUGUUCGGAGAUAUCGAGGUUGUACUCAUGGAGUCUGUUGAACUGGCUCACUACACAAUAAGAACGCUACACAUUACUAAGACGAGCAAUUCAAAUCCAGCCGAGCCAAUAGGAAGAAGGGAAAUCAAACACUACCAAUACACGUCGUGGCCCGAUCAUGGCAUCCCGGAUGAAUGCACGACCUUCAUAAUGUUCGUCGAAAAGGUCAAAUCUCAUCAUCACCAUCUUCAACAACAACAUCACGUGUCGUCUGGAGGACCUGUUGUCGUUCAUUGCAGUGCAGGAGUAGGAAGAACGGGCGUAUACAUCGUCGUUGAUUCCAUGAUCGAGAGAAUAAACGACCACACCAACAGCAGCAGCAGCAGCAGCGCCACAAUAGACAUAUAUGGCCAUACAACAUGUCUCAGGUCGCAGCGUAACUACACAGUGCAAACUGAAGAUCAGUACAUUUUUAUACACGAGGUAUUGAGGGAGUACCUAAGCAUGAUACCUCGCACUGAGGUCCAGGCCAGGCAUCUCUACAGUCACUUGCAGGCUCUAUUGACCAAACGCGUCUCUGGUGUCGGUGCUGAUGUUACAGAUUUGCAGCUGGAGUUUCGAAAACUGAACCAAAUAAAACUGAGCAACAACUUAUGCAAGACAACAAGUUCACUUUUAGUCUGCAACAAACAUAAGAACAGAUCGGUUCAUAUACUGCCAUACGAAUCAUCGCGUGUAUGUUUGCUGCCAAUCAGAGGCGUUGAAGGUUCGGAUUACAUCAAUGCAAACUUCGUUGACGGUUAUCGCAACAAAAGAUCAUAUAUAGCAACUCAAGGUCCAAUGCUUGAGACGACGGAAGAUUUCUGGCGCAUGAUCUGGGAGCACAACUCCACUAUCAUCGUCGUACUCACUAAAAUUAGGGAGAUAGGCAGAGAUCAGUACCAUCAGUAUUGGCCUGGUGACAGAUCGGCCCGUUAUCAAUAUUAUGUGGUGGACCCGAUGGCCGAGUACAACAUGCCCCAAUACAUUUUGAGAGAGUUCAAGGUCACCGAUGCCAGGGACGGCCAAUCACGAACUAUCCGUCAAUUCCAAUUCACUGAUUGGCCAGAAGUCGGAGUGCCCCAGAGUGGAGAGGUCUUCAUUGAUUUCAUUGGUCAGGUGCACAAGACCAAGGAACAAUUCGGACAGGAUGGACCAAUCACUGUUCAUUGCUGCACAGGAACGGGUCGAACGGGGGUCUUUAUAUGUUUGAGUUACGUUCUUGAUAGGAUGAGAAUGGAGGGAGUCGUUGACAUCUUCACAACUGUCAAGCUACUCAGACAACAACGAAUUGCCAUGGUUGCCAACGAGGAGCAGUAUGCAUUCUCUUACAGAUCUGCUCUCGAGUACUUGGGUUCAUUUGAUCAUUAUGCCACUUAAAUACGCACAUGCACUGUUGUUCACUUUUUAAAAUCAUUUGUUUUAGCAUCUUAUUUUAUUUUUUACUUUGAAUACGUCGUUCUACAUGAAUUUAAAAAAUUUUCAGAUGAUUUUGAAAUGAUUUUUGCGAAUUUGUUAUUUUGGUAAUUUUUUAUCGAAUUUUUAAAAUAAUUGUUGAACUUUAUAUUAUAUAUGAUGCGAAUUUGUAGCUUAUUAGUUUGGAAAUUAAGCAUACCUAUACAUAGUUUUUGUUCGUUUUUCGUGUGUUUCUCUCGUGUGUUUCUCGUUAAAUGUUUCAUUUUUAUCUCUUUCUAUUUUGUGUUUUUUAUUAAAUUUUUGUUUGUCUAAAUUUAUAACAUUUCAAAACGUUCAAAUAAAUGACCAGGUGAUGUGUGGUGGUUAAAGUUUAGUGGUAUUUAUAUUGACACUGGCUGAUUCAGACAACUUUGGCGAAAACUGAAAAUAUUAUAAUUAGAAAAAGGAAAAUGCCAAAUUAUUAAUGUUCAUGUUAAUAAACUUAAAAUUUCCGAAAUCUC